CACUUCCCCGCGACUCCCCUCUGCGUUCCCUUCUCCAUGGAGGUGCUGGGUACGGCGUCCGUGAGGGACCCUCACAGACUGCUUCCCGGAGGAUUCUGGGAGGCGGUGGGCGUCUGGCUGGAGAAACCCCAGGUGGCCAACAAGAGGCUCUGCGGGGCAAGACUCGAUGGAGCCAGGAGGGUCGCCCCCUCAACCGCCGCCGCCGGAGGGCUUUGGGAAACGGCUUGGAGAGCCCUCCGCCCCUCGGUCCCCUGGGAGGCUCUCGCUCUCGAUGGCUGCCCCGAGGAAGGGGAAGUGGAAGUGGUGUUCCGCACCCUGGUGCCCAAAGUUAGCCCUCCUUCGCCCGCCAGGGAGCUGGUGGUGAAAGAUAUCAUUAAAGGAAUUGUAACCUUUUUGCCGUUGGAGCAAACCCCUGAAGGCAAAUGCAAGAUCAAGAAGUGCAAUGUUUAUCAAAUUCGACUUCUGCACAUGAAAAACAAUGAGUGGUCCAUCUCAAUUUUAUCAUCAUCACCAGAAAAUUAUGUUUCGGAUGGAAUUUUAUAUCCCAAAACAACAUGGCUUAGAAGUGAACUGCUGGCAAAACUGGCUAAAUGGUCUACAGAAAUCAUAAAGAAUGAAUUUAAAAGCACUCUUUCUUGCAUUUCUGUGGCAAAAUACAGCAAAAUUUACCAAGAUCUAAAGGAAAAAUACAAAGAGAUUGUAAAGGUUUGGCCUGAAGUGACAAAUCCUGAAAAGUUUGUAUAUGAAGAUGUUGCUAUAGCUGCAUAUCUGCUGAUCCUUUGGGAAGAUGAGAGAGCUGAGAGAGGACUUUUCAAGAAGCAAUCUUUUGUGGAUCUUGGCUGUGGAAAUGGUCUCUUAGUUCACAUAUUAAGCAAUGAAGGGCAUCCAGGCAAAGGUAUUGAUGUCAGAAGAAGAAGAAUAUGGGACAUGUAUGGCCCAAAUACAUGUUUGGAGGAAAAUGUAGUGAGUCCAAACAAUUUGUAUCCCGAUGUUGACUGGUUAAUUGGAAACCAUUCUGAUGAAUUGACACCAUGGAUACCUGUAAUUGCAGCUAGGUCUUCUUAUUCUUGUCGAUAUUUCCUAUUGCCUUGCUGUUUCUUUGAUUUCCAUGGAAAGUACAACCGAAGGCAAAGUAAGAAGACCCAGUAUAGAGAAUACCUUGAUUUUGUAACAGAAGUAGGAUUUGUAUGUGGCUUUCAUGUGGAAGAAGAUUGCCUUAGAAUUCCUUCAACAAAAAGGGUCUGCUUAAUUGGGAUGUCUAGAACCUAUCUUGCAACACAAGAGAGUAUACUUGAGGAACAGCGAGCACAGUAUAUCAAAAGACGCCGAUUAUGCAGCAUAACAACUCCAGAGAAAAUGGAUAGCUUAUAUCACAAUGAUAAUAUUUUAGCUGCAAGUGAUGCCCUUUGCUUGGUAGCAGAUAAAGAAGUGUCUGAAGGGAUAUACAUGGAAAAAGUUUUAAUAUCUGGGUUUCUGCCCAGGAGUAAAGAACAAAUGAGAAACUGUACUACUCUUCCUCAUGAUUUUGUAGACAGAGUGGUUUUGAAAGUAGCAAAUCUAUUGUUAAAUGAAACCAAAGAGAGUCCACUUGGAAAUUCAAGCACAUGGAAUAAAGGAGUGAGUCUUGCCUUGGGAGAAAUUGCAGAACAUUUAGACAAAGAAACAUUAAAAACUCUAAAGAAUGAAUAUGGAGGCCUGCAGACCUUGCUGAGAAACAAUCAUCAAGUGUUUGAAGUUUUGAAUGGCAAAGUUCAUAUUCGUGACUGGAGAGAAGGAGAGCCACUCAAGAAAAACAGGCCAGGAAAUCAGGUUAAACAAAGACUUCCUUCUAAAGCAUUUAAAACUCGUCUAUGUUGGUUUUAUAUUAAUCAUCCUCACGGCUGUCCUCUGAAUUCAGAAUCAUGUCAUUAUGCUCAUGGGACAGAAGAACUGAAGCCAUCUCUCUUCGUGCCCAGGAAAAAUAAAGCAAAACUAAAGAACUGCUAAUCCAGUUUACUCAGAUGGAUUUGAUUUAGUUUCAUGCAUAUUCAGGAAAAGUACAAAUCUUAAUUGUACAUUGGUGGCACUAGCAUGGUUUCAUUUCAUGCAACAAUGUGAUCCUUUCACAUCACUGUGUAGGAAAGUAUAGAUUGUGAAAUCCAUUUCUGGAACUUCUGUAGUUUACCCUCCUAACCAUAUAGACAUUUAAUUUUCCAAACUUACUACUCUCACUUCCGUUUUGCCAUAUAUGCAAACACUUGUAUAUCAGAAAUCUUCAGUGUUUGUUGGCUUCAAAAACAUUUUUUUAAUAGGGCAAGUGUCACCAUGCAAGCUUUUAGUAUAUUGUAACUUGCCAUUCCAGUUGGUGUCUUUCACUUUGUCCUGGAUUGCUGUGUGCCUUCUCAACAGUGUAUCAAGCUAUCUACUGUGAUUACAUGCAAUAGGAAGGGACAUUAGCACUCUUCAAUCUUGAAUUUAAAGUUUUUGCUAUGCACAUGGGGGAUCAGGGGUUAAGACACCGACUCUGACAGUCGCAAAGUCACCAGGUUGGCAGUUCGAGACCCAAGUGCUGUGUAACAGAGUGAGCUCCCAUCACUAGUCCCAGCUUCUGCCAACUUAGCAGUUUGAAAGUAAAAGUAAGAAUACAAGUAGAUAAAUAACUACCACUUCAGUGGGAUGGUAAUAGUGUUCUGUGUAUCAUGCUUGCCACAUGACCACAGAGUUGUCUUUGACAACGCUGACUCCCUCAGUUUAGUAACAGAGAUGAGCAUCACCACCUACAGUCAGACAUGACUUAACAAUCAUGUCAAAAGGGAAACCUUUACCUUUUUUACUAUGUCUCUUAAACAGAAACAGAGUCAUAUGGACAAGUCCAAUUGAUUGGGCUAAGUGUAUUUAUGGCUUAGAUGGGUGAGAAAUGAAAACUACAAGCCAGAGCAUAUAGGGUCAAGAAAGCAGCAAGGUCUAGCAAAGACUACCUCAUUCUGUUUGCUUUGGCAGUAUGCUUAGGAAGUAAUAUCCAUAAACUAGCUUUUAUUCUAGGUAACUGCAGAUCAGCCCAAAUGGAAGCUACAGGAGUGUACUCAGAGUCACCUGGGAACAAAAUUAUUAUUUUUUGGCAAUUUCGAUCAUAACACUCAUUUACAUUAAUAAAGCCUAAGUAAUUUGGAAAGCUGGGUCUUAAUCUAUUUCCUUCAGAAGUACAUGUCUGUGUGAUCAUUUCCAAGUGCUGUUUAUGGUAAUAGUGGGUGAUAAAGCCAUGAUUUCCUUAAUCCAAAAAUAAAAGUGCUAUCUUGUUUUUUGGUAACAAACAAGAAAAUACUAAUAAACUGAAGUUUUAUCUAGGCAUCUUGGAAUUACUAUUGCUUUGUGGUCUGGGUGCCUGGGAAGAUGGACUCCAGCCUUUUCUGUAUGGUGUUGCACCCCACCCCCCAAAUACAGGGUCAUAUUCAGACAUAUUCACUAAACUGGUUUCUGUGCCUCAAGACUACUUUUACUAGUUAAGUGUGUAGUCAUGAACAGAAUGUCUGGUUACAGUUAUCCAUCCUCGGAUAGUGUCUUGUUUAGGUUACUGUAAUAUGUUUCAGCUGUACUACACCUAGAUUUCUGUAUAGAUUCACCACUUCCAUUGCCUGUCUUCCCCUACCAGCCAAAAAGGAUGCAAGCCAAGAGUGCUAUCCAUGGGUCUUGUUUCCACAUCUUCAGGGUUCACAUCCCAAAAGGUAUUAACCAAGUGGAAAUCUCAGGCUUACAUCUGUGAUGAAUGUGCUAUUUGAAUCAGAACAGGCGUGUUUUACAUAAAUAUACUGGUCAUAGCAAACAAUUACAAAUUCUUCAGAUUGCUUUUCUGCUUAUUAGUAACUGUUAAAAUAAACUUGAGCAAAUUAAUUGUAAUUCCUUGUUUUGUAAUAUUAUAGUGUUUGGAACUGUUUGGCUUGAUACCCACCUGAAUUGGAGAAGAUUCCCUCCCUACUUAAUCCAGCUUCCAAUUCAUCCCUUUCAUUCUUCUUACUUAGCCUGAGCAGAUAAGUAGGUGUUUUCUUUUCAUGUCUGAGUCACGGCUGUAGCACCAUUUCAGGUGUUAGGAAGAAAGGAAAGUUCAUCCCUCUGGCUAUACUGUAGUUAAAUAAGGGAAAGGAGGAAACAUCUACUCCUACUGCCACUGCAGCUGCAAAAUAUUUGUUUAGGAUAUCAGGGUCCAAUGGUUUGUACAAAAUCAUAUCACUAGGUCUUUCUCCUCAGAUUUAAACCUAUACAAGGUGAACAGAUUUAGGGAAUUCUAUCAGGAUUGGGCAUUUUUUUCCUGAAGUAACUUUUUUUUUGCUUCUUUUUUAAAAAAUGAGCUUUUCUUUCAGAAAUGUGGAACAAAAAUUAAAAAUGAUUUACUUAUGUGCAUGUGUAAAACAACUGGGAAGCUGAUGGAUGGGAAAUUUGGUGUAAUACUUGCAAAUUUAGCUGAGUUUUGUACUCAAGAUCUGUCUCUACACAAAAGUCAACUGAAGUAUUUUAAUAAAAAUAUGGAUAUAUGGA